AUGGAGACCGAUCGGUCGAAAAUAAGCAUUAGAGAGAUAUUGACAGACCUCAUACUCGAGUUCUUGGAGGCUACUGUGCAUGAAUUUUUAUUUGCGUGGCAUGUUUAUCCAAAAGAAGUAUUUGAACAGCGUGUACUGUAUGAUGUGCCGAUUCAUAUGAGUCAACAUCCGCUACUGUGCGAGUACAUUAACUCGAUGUUGACUGGCUGUCGAACGUGGUUGUUAAGAGGAGAACUGGAGAAAUUGUGUAUCAUUCUUCUCUCCAAGGAAGGCCGGAUGCUGAAUACACUAGCAAUUGAGCCAGGAUGGAGCAUAGCAUUUAUUGAAGCUGCAAAUUCUGAGGAAGACCAGGUACUGCCAUUGAUGCAGCUUGAAGAGGCCUUUCGUGCGGGAAUGGUGGCGCUAGUGGCAACAGCCGCAUCAAGUACAAUUAAUCAGACAGAAAGCAACAAGCCACACACGUUCCGAAUUCUAGCGCAGACAGUUGAAGACGCAACCAAUCGAGAAACUGCAAUUAAUGAUGACAACGUAAGCAAUUCGUGGGUGUUGGCAGAUCCGUGUUGGCACGACGAUCACAAACGAGACAAAGAGAUCUUCCCAGUCAAAACGAUACAGUCAAAGGCUUCACCUGUUCGACUCAAUAUUUAUAUGGAGAACCAUCGAUUAGUCUCAAUGGCAGAAGUCAGCGAGUAA